AUGGAUGAAGAACUGGCGCGAGACUAUGCAAACUGCUCCACCUUCUGCGUGGUGCGAGAUCCCCUCCGUCGCUUCGUCAGCGAGUAUUUCUACAUUUCCAGGCAUCGGCGCACGCCAGGACCGUUGUGCAAUCAGCGGAUGUUUGAGGAAUAUGCCAAUGCGACGUUGCAGCGUCUCAUGGAAGACCCUUGGAUCGACGACUGCCACCAUGUGCCGCAAGCGUAUUACUUGACCUCCUUCACUGGCCGGCGCUUGUGUGAUCACAUUGUUCGUUACAAAAACUUGCAAGAGGAGCUGAGCAAGGUCUUGAAGUUCUACCGCGAUGUGGAUGUGCGGGAGACAAAGCUUCCUGCGGGCGUGAACUCGGUGCCGGGCCGCUGCAAACUGGAGAACCUCUCAGUGUCCGAAGAGUUGCAGCAACGUUUGCGCGACUUCUUCCACUUGGACUAUGAGUUGGGAUUAG